CAACAUCUCAAGCUUUCAAUAAUUACAUCUAAUAAAUCCUCCGUCGAGGUGUGCUAGAAUGGCAGAACCUCGAUUUAACAAUCCAUACUUCUGGCCUCCUCCACCGUCCAUUCCUGGUCAGUUGGACAACCUUGUGCUGAUCAACAAGAUCAAGGAGCAGCUCAUGGCGGAGAAAAUCAGACCUCCACACCUGCAGCCCACUUCAGUCCCUUCCCAGCAGCCCUUGCUGGUUCCAUCAGCGGGCACAGAAGGUGGGCAGCACAAUAUAUCAACACCCAAACUACAGCAGAUGCCAGGGCUUCAUGCUCACGGGACAUCCCAGCCUGACAUCGCCCUGCACGCACGGCCAGCUUCCAGCAGCGUCACAGGUCGGAUUCUGGGAGAUGUCAACUUAAAUCUAGACGACAAGACUGCCAUUAAAGCAAGAGGAUUGUGGGAAGACUGGCAUUUGCGGCAAAUCAUCGACCAGCCAUCAAGAGCGAAUCAUCUAUCAGGCCUGUCACUAGCAUCUUCACGAAAUGCCAAUCACAACACAUCGGAGAGUGUGACGCCGAGCACCCCGACCUCUCCGACAAUCGGUGGUCAGUCCCGUCAGGGCAUUCCCACUGCAAACCUCCUCUCAGGACUGACCGGAGGCCCGGGGAUGGAGGCUCUGAAAAACAGUGGAGCUCUGAUGGGGCCACCAAUGAAGAGCAUAGGACGAGGACGCAAAAAGAUCAAGGCAGAAAACACAUCUGGACCACUAUUAGUAGUUCCUUAUCCAAUACUGGCCUCUGGAGCUGAACAGUCAGCUGUUAUCACUGCCAAAGAGGGCAAAACCUACAGAUGUAAAGUGUGUCCGCUGACGUUCUUCUCCAAGUCAGACAUGCAGAUUCACUCUAAGUCCCACACAGAAGCAAAGCCACACAAGUGCCCUCACUGCACCAAGACCUUCGCCAAUGCCUCGUACCUGGCGCAACACCUGCGCAUCCACCUGGGCGUCAAGCCGUAUCACUGCUCCUACUGCGAGAAAUCCUUCCGCCAGCUCUCACACCUACAGCAGCACACCAGGAUCCACACAGGUGAUCGACCGUAUAAAUGUCUCCAACCAGGCUGUGAAAAGGCUUUCACACAGCUUUCCAAUCUGCAAUCUCAUCAGAGAUCACAUAAUAAAGACAAGCCUUAUAAAUGCUCCAACUGUUAUCGUGCAUAUUCCGACUCAGCAUCUCUGCAAAUCCACCUGUCGGCUCACGCCAUCAAAAACGCCAAGGCUUAUUGCUGCAGCAUGUGUGGACGAGCCUAUACCUCAGAGACGUACCUAAUGAAACACAUGUCGAAGCACACAGUGGUGGAGCAUCUGGUCAGUCAACAGUCGCCACCGAGAGCCGAAUCUCCCAGCGUUCCAGUCCGCAUUUCCCUCAUCUGAGCGCUCGUUCUUCCCCCAUUCCCGCAAAAGCAAGCAAAAAUCGCCUGUUCGGUGGUUUGACUUUAUUUUUAGUGUGUUUGUUAGUUUGUUUUACUUUUUGAGAACAUUCCAAAAGGUAUUAGACUGUGUGUGGAUAGAGGCUCAAACACAGCAGUGAUUUAGUGUUUCUAUCACACACACAUUCGUUUUCCAGCUCAAUGUUGAGUUGAGAGGGAAAAUUCGGGAAAUCCAAAGAUGGUUUCACAGCACUUUCAGGCCACACAGUUUUGGCUUUAAACGUUUCCGGUCUGUUAUGACAAUAAAAGGCAUUGCUCUUGGCAGCUAAACGUUCGGGACUGUAGGUAUUAUGCAUUAUGAAAUCAGAAAGACAUACGUUGUAUGUUUUAAGCUUGGACCAAGUCCAGUACCUCCUCUCAUAUUUUUCUAUGCUGUCUUGGGGGAGAAACAAAUCCCCUUCUUCUGGGCAACUCAAAGUUGGUUUAGAGACUUGUGUUUUGAUAAUGUCAAUCAUAAAAUGUUUUCAUUCACAUCAAUACGUUCCUUGCUUACAGAGAAAUUGUACUGAAAUAGCUUUAGCGUUAAAGGUAACUUUUCAAGAGGACUGUUAUAAAUAUGACUUGAUAGACAAAUCAGCACAUCUAGAUGCAAGAUUAUUCCCUUAGAGAUCAUACUAGGGCUGCACGAUUCUGGCUGAAAUGAGAAUCACGAUUUAUUUUGCUUAAAAUUAAGAUCACGAUUUUCUCACGAUUCUGUAUGGGGUUUUUUUGUACACCUGUCAGGUUUCAGACUAUAUGGGGCACAGCAUGUGUAUUUGGAUUGCCUGCGACAUGUCUGAACAGCAAUAGGAUGCGGUGAGAAGGGGUGCACAACGUAUUUGAGGACCGGGAGGUCCUGGAGAUUAUCACUGGUUUGCGGGCAUCCGGGAGUCUGUGCAGUCUGUGCAUUACUUCCAAGAGACUUGGGAUGUCUCCCGCCCUACUCAAAAUUCUCUCUUCAUAUAGUCGUAUGCCUAUUACAUAUCCAUAAAACACUGUGAUGUAGCCAGGCUCGGAUUGUAUUGCUUUCUCACUACAAUUGAGUUAGUUUCAAUCGAGCCAAUACCUCCUCAUUCAGGCGAUUUCGGAGCGAUUGUUUUGGCGCGGAUCAGAGCGCGAUUGCUGGAUUCACAUAUGCCAAACAAACCAUGCUAACUGGGCAAUUGAGACUGGGCUUUUAUGAUUUUUAAAACCCUGUUUUAACCCUCCUUUCCUUAAAUAUUUCGAUAAUACAUUGAUGUUUUGACUUUCUGUCUCCAAGACUGCAAUGCAAUUUUAUAAAUGAUCUAUAUUAGGCGAAUAAAUCUGCUGUAAAAAGGGUAGGCUAAUAACUAUUUUAUAUUUGACUGCAGCCGAAAACUGCUGGUUUUGUCUGGAAAGAGGAGAACUGCACAACGUAAAGCUGCAAUGGACGCAAUAGCAUUGCAUUAAAGGCAAAAGCCUAUGUUAAAAAGCACCCUAAGACAGAAAUGACAUUUUUGAGUGAAUUAUACCUAAUAAAUAGAGUAUGUGUCUCUUUCAACACCAUUUGGAGGUGUCCACAUUGCUGAGCAACAUAAGUAAAACAAAGUGAGGGUGACUGCCUUUAAUCUUCUCCCAAACUUGAAAGUAUUAUUGGCUGAAUCGUAGAGAUGCUGGAGUAAAGAUCGUGUGGGGGUUGAAUUGAGAUUGUGAUCUUUUUUUUCGAUUAAUCGUGCAGCCCUAGAUCAUACAGAUCAGAUUUUUCUGGUCUAGUGCCAAAAGUGAAAUAUGAAAAAGGCAAAAGAUUGAGGUUUCUAAAUGAAAACACUUUCUUUUUUUAUAUACACUUUCUCCAAAAAGUGUAAAUGUGCAAUGACUCAAACACCUUCUGUUACAGAUGUCAGCACACGUUUGACUUAAAAUGAUCAAGAAAUGUUCGGUUCUAUAGUGCAUUAAGUUUUUGUUCUGAAGCACAGAUGUGUUAUUUUCAUGCUGCCCAUUAGUACUUAAAUUAGAGAGUACAUAUGCAUCAUUGUAGUAUUUGAUGUACUAACAUUAUUUUAUGCAUCUACUAUAAAAUAUUUAUUUGACAAAUUAAUUUCAGUUUAAAAGUAAUUCAAUCGUGGUUUCAGGAGAUGUUUGGGAAAAUGUUUGAAAUAGUCUUUAAAAAAAUAUUGUUUAAAUAAAAUAUAAUUUCAGACACUUUCUUCUGAAAUUUCAGCCUUAUGCCAUUUAAAAAUGUGCACAAAAUUUGGCGAAACAAAAAAGAAAAGAAACAGCUGGAUAACAGUGUGGAGUUGCCCAUGAGAUUUGUGUAGCUGUAUUGAUGUCUAGAAUACCUCCUUGGCUUAUUAUACAUGUUUAUACUUAUUAUCAUGUUUAAAUAUUAACGACUAACAUGUUAAUUUUACACAUUUUAAGCCUUAACCAUUUUAUCACUAGUUGUUUACCAUCACAUUUAUAUAUUUUAUACCAUAUUGGUGUUUACUUGUGUACUCAGUACUUUUAUGUAAUUUUAUUUCCUAGCAUGGACAUGCUGUAAAUAAACUAUACAGUACUUAAGUGUUAACCAGUUUAUAUAAAAUGACUACAUGUCUAGUUAUUAUAAAAUACACCUUUUUAAUUGUCUUGAAUUGUGGUACUCUAUAAGAUUUGCCUUGGCUGCUACAUGCAAAGUCAAGACACGGAGAGGGAAAAGACUUUGUAAAAGUGAGCAAAUAAAUAAAUGAGAAACUUCUGUA